AUGUAUGAGCUUCUUUAGAAUGUGGAUAACUAUAUUUAAUUAGGUUUUGCUAGCCUUUCGAUCCUAUUCUUUUAUAUUGUUUAUUAGACAGAUGUAAUUGGGAAUUAUAAUUCUUAGACAUUCAUGAUAUAAAAUGAAGAGAAUUGGGAUUACUUGAGAUAGCAAUAUGCUCAAUUGUACGAUUCUUAGGAAUUGGAUAAAUUUCAUUUCCCGAAUGAGAUGGCUAGUUUUUGUUAUAAAAUUUAAGAAAAAAUAACAUCAAUAUAAUGGGAAUACAUUUAUUUCAUUUGCUUAUCAGGAUUAGUUUUGAUGCUUUAUUCAUUUUUUUUUCUUGACAGCGGAUUCUUAUACUUCGGAAUGAACAUCAUAUUAGGAGGACUAACAAUGUUUUACCUAUGUUAUUUUAUAAAUAACGUAUAUUUGGGAACUGUUGUAAAAGUUCCAUUGCGAACUGAUCCUCUGCGCUGGGCCUAUGGUAAUGGAUUCUUCUUGAGUCUAUUUUGUCUGGGAAUGCUAAUAAUUUCAAUACUUUUAGUCAAUCAAAUAAAUAAGUUCGUUUUCCACAAACCAAUAGGCAUAGCCUAUGUAUUAGGAGGCUCGCUAUCCUUAUAUUUUAGAAGAGAGUAGCAAUCAAUCCUGGGAAGAAGUAUAUAGAUAGGAACCGAUCUUCAUGUAAAAGACAACCUAGGAUCAGAAGGUGUGAUGGAUGUAAUUGGAUAUUCUGAAAAGUUAGCAUCUAUAAUGGGUCAUAUCUUAAGUGAUAACCAUUUGCUAGAUCUAAUAAUUGUAUUGUUAUUGUAUUUCACAUUGCCGAGAAUUUUUUAAAUUGGAGCUAUGAACACUAAUGUUUACUCAAUAGUAAUGUUAAUCAAUUACUUUGCAUAAUUUAUUAUUUCAUUUUUCAUUUCCUCCUUUUAAUCAGAAGAUAUAGCUAAGAAUGUCUUAUAGAAUGUGAGAACCUAAAUUAUAGCUGCUAGUCUUUUUAGUAUUAUCUCAUUAAUACUAUUAUACAUCUACAACUCCACAUAUAUGAGUAUAGCUAGUUUUGGCCUCAUAACUAGUAUGCUACUCAUAAUCUAUUUGGAAUAUGUUACUAAUCAUUCAUUUCCCUAAGUCAGGAACAUUGCUUCAGCAGCCCUGAAUGCGCCUAUGUUAAAUAUUAUGAAUGGCAAUUUUCUAGGAGACAUGGGUUAGUUAUUCUUUGUUGGCUUAACAGGAUUAUUCAUCUUCAUUUCUAAGGAAAUUGGUGGAGAUGAGGGUCUUUAUGCUUUUUUGACUGGAUUAAUUAUGAAUGCCAUAGUUAUGACAUCUAUAUAAUUUAGUGGUAAUUCGAUAAUGAUUGGCUUAAGAUUCGCUUAGAUUGCCUAGGUGGAUUCAUUGCCUUUAGAAAAAAUCAAUUUAGCUGCAUGCAAUUAUGGUUUAUAUUUAAAAACAAUUACGAUUAUUUGCUUGUUUUUGAUCACAAUAAUAUUUUUUCCUUUGUAAGAAAUCUAGUGUUUUGCAGUGUUCAUAGGACUCAUAUUGGCUUACUUUUUCAAAGGGAUUUUUCUAAAGUUUGUUGGAACUUAGAUUGUUAGAUAAUUACGAGGGUUUUAUGAGGGAACAUUCUUGGAAGGGCAAACUUACAAUUUAUGGGAAUUAACUGGAUUAAUUGGUCUGCAAUUUAUUAUUUUGAAUUUUUUUAAAUACUUCACUUCUAAGUUUGGAAUGUAUUCAUACGUUUACAGUUACACAUAGAUUGUGUUGAUUUUAAGUGCCAGAGCCAUUAUAACUGGGAGCAGUCUUAAGAAUGUGAGAGUUCUUGAGGGAACUCUAAAGGAGAACAAGAUAAUUUAUUUAUCUCAUAUGUAUGCAGAUAUUCAAGGCAUAGCUAUGGAAGAAUCUCCAGCAUUGCCUUAGAUAGGAUUUUUAGGGAUAUCAAUCGUGCUUGGGUUAACAAUUUGA